AGCCGCCGAUGGUAACUCAGAAGCAGCACAUUCCGGCGGAGUUCAGAGAUGACCGUACAGCACUCCGAUUAGGGUUCAUCAGAGGCUCAACAGAAACCGUAAGGAGAAAACUGAUAGAGAAGCCGAAUCGAUCCGAGAUAUGUUUGGAUUGAAGCGAUUAGUACCUCGUGCUUGCUCGAUUCGAGCUUCUUUAACAAUGCAACUCUCUAGUUGCGAGGAAAAAUUCCUUGUUUUUCCUUCGCAGCAUUUAGCUCAACUGACUUGCAAUCGCUUCCUCGACAUUUAUCAGUUUGGAAACAAGGCAGCCAUUGAGAAGGAACGCGCUCGGCUUGCAGAUGAAAUGAAUAGAGGAUACUUUGCUGAUAUUUCAGAGCUAAAGCAACAUGGUGGAAAGAUUGCAGCAGCUAACAAGAUUCUAAUUCCGGCUAUGGCUGCUGUAAAAUUUCCGGAGUUUGAAGUGAGUUAUUCUGAUGGUAAAACGUUGAAGCUACCCAUUAAAAUUGAUACUGAUGUGGUUGAAGACAAUAGUUCGGCAUCGGCCUUGCCAAUGGCCACAUUACUGUGUCUUUCUUUCAGAGCUAACUCCCAGGCCAUGAUUGAUUCUUGGAGUGCCCCUUUUCUCAAUGCCUUCUCUAGUUCAAAGAAUGUCCAGUUAUAUGAGGUUUCAUUUAUAGAUUCGUGGUUCUUAUGCCGAAAUCCAAUUAAGAAACUGCUUCUUCGGCUAAUGAGGAAACCCAGUGGCAAUGCACAGAAUGAUUCGCUUCAAAGGCAGAUUGUAUACUCAUUUGGCGACCAUUAUUACUUCAGAAAGGAGCUUAAAAUACUAAAUCUUCUUACUGGACAAAUAUGGUAGAAUAAGAUGGCAAGGCUUUGGAUUGGCAACUCAAGAGGAGGUGUCAUCUCUUCUUUCAUGUGCAUCACUUCUUUUGGAAGAGAAAUGAGGUAUCUGACUAUGUAUCUUUUCUCAACCCAUUUUGCUUUUACCAAACAUGGAAAGUUCUCUCAAUUUCUUAGAAUUCACAUUGGCAUGGUUGAAUAAAAUUUUCAUCUUUUCAAUGUUUUUCAGAAAUUAUCCUUCUCCAUAAAAUGAUUCGCCUCCAGAAGUUCUGUUCCUUGCCGACGAUGCAAGAAAAAUUAGCAAAUGAUAGUAUCUAUGAAUAAAGAUAUGAUUUUCAAAUGGUGUGAAUCAUUAACACCAAGGAAAAUUUUUGUGCGAGCUUAAUUUCUUGAAAGCAACCAUUACGCAUCUUAAUGUCAAGUUGACAAGUGAUUUUUUAUUUUGUUUUUGUUUGUAGUUUUUCCCCUCAACCAAUGCGGAGUCAGAGGUCGAAUCAUCGAUUUUCGGAAUAGUAAUCGAUGUCUUUUUGGUACAACAUUAUGUAUGCUCAUUUUAUUUUCGAGGUUUUGUUUGUAAUUUCACAUCUGGUCUGUGGUUAUUAUCGAGAACACAAAUGUUAAUGCUAUGGGAAAUUAUUUAAUGCGAUGGCCACACUGUUGUUUAAUUUCUCCAAA